AUGUCGUCGACCGGGACCGAGUGGUCCCCUCCCCCGGCCAACCCGCUCCAAGGCGUCCCCUCGCACAUCGUCGACCUGCUCGCCCGGCUCCACGACGAGUCCCUGCGGCAGGAGGGGGCCCUGACGCGCGACGACUUCCAGAGGGCGACCAUGGACGAGGUCAUGCGCGACAAGUUCAUCGCGCUGGACCGCGACAAGGCCGAGUUCGUCUACCAGCUGUGCCGGGCCACGGGGGCCGAGACCAUCGUCGAGGCGGGCACCUCGUUCGGCGUCAGCACCAUCUACCUCGCCCUGGCGGCCUCGGCCAACGCCUCGCGGACGGGCCGCCGCGCGCGCGUCGUCGCCACCGAGCACGAGCCCACAAAGGCCGCCCGGGCGAGAGGGUACUGGGCCGAGUGCGGCGGGAGCGUCAGCGACGUGAUCGACCUCCGUGAGGGCGACCUGCGCGAGACGCUGAAGACGGAUCUGGACAACGUCGAUCUGUUGUUGCUCGACAUCUGGACGCCCAUGGCACUUCCGACCUUGAAGGUCGUGGAACCCAAGAUGCGGCACGGGGCCCUGGUCAUCGUGGACAACACGAUCGGCGCCGCGCGGGGUUACAAGGACAUGCUGGAGUACCUGCGGAACCCGGACAGCGGGUACAUCAACAUGACCCUCCCCUUCAGCAAGGGUCUGGAAAUGAGCGUGUAUUUGCCUCGGAGGUGAGAGAGCUUGGGUAUUUCAGGGGUUCUAUUCGCCCGGAGUAUCGCCACCAACCGUGCCAGAUGUAUGGUCUCGCCGUCGCGAGAGGUUUGUAUUGACAUCUUUGCCUGGUGGUCAGCCCUCUGGAGUCUUUUGGAAUAGCAAACGUUCGAUGGAGCACCCUUGGCCCCGGAUAUUAUCCUUGGGGGAGAGUCCCGAAACGCUCGCUGUCUAAUAUAGCUCUCGGUGCACUUCGUUUCCCGGUCCCCUUUUACUUUCUCCUGGAUCAUGUUCACUUUGACCCUUCUUUCUGUCCCCUGUGACAUGCCCAUCUUGUCACUCUGUUGCUGGAUUGGUUGUAGACAUUAUGGUCGCAGAACUUUGUGUCAUUAAUUUGGUCAGAGUGGUAUCUAUAGAUCAAGCCAACGUAUCUUGUUCUCCUUCCACCUUGAUCAAAGAACAUCAUCAUAAUGAUAACUGGGAAGUCUUCGUUGCAACACUAUCAAUCCAGCAUGCCAGUCUGCUGAUCAAGGUAUGUACACGAACAUGAGCG